AGUGUGCCUGUGACCGUGGGCGCGAUCGGAUACGUUGCACAGCUUCUCGCCCCAUCUCCAACGUGUUGAUCUUCUAUUUCGUUUACGAUGCAAUCCAGAACUUUUUUGCGAGGAGAUUUUACCAUGUCAUCGUGUAUUACAUAGGCGUGUGUAGGCGUAGAGGCGGCUUGGUAGCCCUGAAGAAGGCACUGAAGAAGAAGAGGUCGUUGUUUCUACAUGAGGAGGAGGAGGAAGAUAUGACAAUUAUGACGAUGAUGGCAGUCCCGCCUCCAUCGCGAAAGCAGAUGAAGAUGACGGUGGAGAUGCAAUUGACGAUAACAUCAGAGGGACAUCUUUAAAGACAUUUGCGACUCGCUCUGUGAUAUCGUUAUAGGCAAGGUCUGACACAAUUAUUAGCAGUCACCGUUGGACGCAUAACUACGCCUGCCGAAUGCGUUAUUAGCACAGGCCAUCUUUGGUUUCUCGUGACGACAUUAUCUUUUCUGUGACAAAUUCAAGAUGAAAAAUUCCCUGAGAGAUUAUUAAUCCCGAAGGUAACGCACACGCACUUGUGUCAUAUCCCCCUCACAAAAUAGGACGAGGAAAUUAUAAAAUGGAAUAGAAAAGAGAGAAAUUAGGCUGCCACAACACAAACGAGCACUUGACAUUUCCGACAACACGGAGCACAAUGCCGUCCAGGAAACUCUAAGGAAAUGGCCUACAGGGUGUUGUUCCUCGUAGACGAAAGAUGAAUUAAGGAGACGAGGAAUCCGAGUCCUCCCCCCUUCCUUCCUUCCUCUUCUGAACCAGACGUUGCCGAGGAAAGAAUAACAAUUGGAACUGUUCGACAACUUGGGAAUCGAGUGAACAGGAAGAAGGACUGCCUCUAUCCACUCCCGUUUCAUAGAUAUCAAGCAUCUAAAUAACAGAUUUAGCCAACAUGUUGCAGAGUCAUCUAACGAGCGUUUCCAGCAUAAUUGCCUGUCUGGUCUUACAAGUUGGGCUGGCCGCGUCCUACCAAGAACCACCAUCAUACUAUUCGUGGGCGCGGACGAAGGAUGGGACGUCCGGUUUCUCCCAUCGGUCUCACAUUGGUCCCAGACCCCACGUCAAUGACGUCAUGACAGAGUGGUCUCAGUGGAGUCCAUGGGCAAGAUGUUCAAGGUCCUGUGGAGGUGGAGUCAGAUCUCGUGCGCGCACUUGCGUCACUACAUUCCCGAGGGUAAUGCCCGGAUCCGGGGUGAGAACGACCCACGACCAGUGUGGUGGAGAGAGCAUCGAGUACGGCGUCUGUGGCACGAUGCCCUGUCCCCCGGGACAAGUGUCUGCUCUGUCUUUCAGGGCGGCUCAGUGCAGGCAUUACAACAACAGGAGAGUCUUCGGCAGAGUCGUCAAUAACUGGGUGCCUUAUACACAAGGCGUUGGAGGGAUCAAUCCGUGCGCCUUGGUCUGUGAGGGCGAAGGCGAGGGAAUCGUGUAUACAUUCGGCAAAGUUACUGACGGAACUCAUUGCAAGACUGACGACUCUCAAGACGGACUCUGCGUCAACGGCCGAUGCCUGCGCCUGUCAUGUGACGGUCGCCUGGGCGGCACCGCCAGGGAAGACAUGUGUCGCGUAUGUGGCGGUCAUAACGAGACAUGUACAAGACACGUUGGCGUCUUCCACACCGAUUUACCUGCAGCAGAUCAACCAUCAACUGGCAUCAGAACGAGAAAUAUUACUCCGCGUAGAUAUGGUUACUAUGAAGUUUCACGCAUCCCUCGAGGUGCUACGAACGUCAAGGUGACUGAUAACUCCGCGAAUUUCUUGGCACUGAAGGCAGGUAACAAGUUUAUGCUGAACGGUGAUUGGCUAAUAGACUGGCCAGGGGAAGUGGACGCCGGAGGUGUGUCCUUUAGCUACCAAAGGGCAGAGGACGACUCCGAGAGCUUGACCACCAUAGGACCCACCACUGAGGAUCUCACUCUGAUGGUCCUGCUGAGAGAACACAACCCUGGAAUCCAUUAUGAGUACUGGACCCCCAACAAUGGCGUCAGCGGCACUCCUGAUCUACCUCCUAUUAUUGUACCUUUAUCUGGCAACGCCUCUUCCGUACCAGCAGAUACCACUACCACGACAACCACGACCACGACUACGACUGCCAUUUCCACGACUGUUCCUUUGACCACAACGACUCGAUCCACUACUUCUAGCACGACCACCCCUCGUCCCGCGAUCCUGACACGUAUCAACGUCACUCGAUAUCAUCGGCCGCUCCAAGAGAGACCUCCCUUCACGGACUCCAGCCAGACAGAUGUUCUGCCUCCUCGCAGGCCCAUCGACAACGACACGCACAAGACGUCGCCCUCACAGAAGCCCAGGAAGAAACCGAAGAAGGUUCCCAGUAUGGGCAAGGACUCUAAGGACGCCAAGAGGAGAAAGGGCAAGAAGGAGAAGGGCCGCAGGGGGAAGAAGAAGAAGAAGCAGCCACAUCCCGAUAUUCCAGCCUCCUGUGGUCCCUGUGAGAGACUCAACGGUGCCAAGCAGAUGUUCUGUACAAGUGACUUUGUUUCUAGAGUAGAGGUUAUCAACAGUGAAGCUGUUGGCGGUGAACGCCGUUACGAAGUCUUGGUCCACCAGUCCUACAAGAACACAGUCCCAUUGCUGCACAAGGAGUUCCUGUGGGUAGAUAACGACUGCAUGUGUCCCAAAAUGCGACAUGGGAGAUCCUACCUGGUUAUGGGAAUGACACAAGUCACCUCAGGGCGGGAAGUAAGACUAGUCUUGAGCAGAGGUAGCUACGUCCGCAGAUAUAAACCCAAGAAUCUGGCGAGGAUACUCAGGAUACGACACAACGAGAUGCGUUUCUGCAGACCCUGGAGGAGGGACCUCAGGUUCUUCCAGUCUGUAUCUGCCAACAACACACUUCCUGCUCUGUCGACCACGUAGCCCAUCGCUUGCUGGGAGAAACGGGUCGGAGGAGGCUCCCGUUUCUUCUACUGUUGACCUUUGUCAUACAAGAUCACCUUAAGCCUAGUGAAGGACGCUAAACAGUGAGACAACAUAGAAAGUAUCCAUUCACAAAGAGGUCUUAAGGUGAUAAAAGUGGAAACAGAAAUAUGCCUUCUCGUCACUUGUCAUCCCAAGACAAAGUGGCUGUUUUACUCUAUUCUUUGAGCCCAUCCAAGUGAAAGACUCCUUAGAAUAAACCUGGUGGCAAUUUCUCCGGACUGUAGACGAACAUUAUAAGAUCUUUCAAGUUCGAUAACUCUUCUGCUUCGCUACUACAGACGAUAGGACAGGUGUUAAAAGAAACGUAAAUUUCUUGUUAGUUGUCUACGAUAUGAAAAAUAAAUUGAUCAAUUGACGAAAUGCACCAAUUUUCUGAAAGCUAUCAUAAUGGUGAACAACAGCGUUGAUAAGGAACAUACGUAGAAAAAACAUACCACAGGAAACAGACGUCUCAUGAAACUGCAGUACAUUUCAUAUCCUGUGUAGUAUAUCGCAUAAUGGGUUCAAGCGUUGCAUGACUAAUUCUCGAAAACGCUCGGAUCUAUAAACAACUGGUGUUACAGUGGCAAAGCCUAUUUAAACCAGGGUAUAAUUACAAAAUGUAGAGGACAUCCGUGUAGUUGAAUUAGCUGUUCAAAGCUGAAAGCCUUUACACAAUAAUUAAGGAUUGCCAUAUGCUUGUAUAAUACUCUAUAAGAAAACUAUAUAUAUAGUCGCGGUGUGACACAUGUGUCUAAGAACAAUUAAUUUAUCAUUUUACUAUAUAACGAUGGUUGGUAUGUAUGAUACCAAAACAGAACUGGUUGACAUUCACCACAAGUAAAUGUUAGAAUGAAAGCAAUGCCUUUUUGUUACACCAAACGGGAAUGAGUAUUUUGUGCUUUAUUGUCAAUUCAGCUUUCCUUGCCGUAAUAAUUUUAGAUUAAAUAUAAAAUGAUGAUCAAUACUUUUGCAAAACACGAAAUUAAUGUCACAAUAUCAGUUCGUUAAAGGAACAAGUUCGAUUAUUAUUUCACAAGAAAAUUUCACUCGUUCUAUUUACUGGCUUGUGUGAAAAUGUCAAGCGAUUUAUAUACUGAAAGAGAAAAACUCACGAAGAAAAAGAAGAAAAAGGAGAACAAAAACUCUCAGUGCCGUUUUGCAAACACUCAGUUGUGUUAAACGUUUAUAAAAAAUGUCUCCUUUCUCGCUCUCUCUGCCUUUUGUUUAUAGAUGUACCUCUUUUUCUAAACAGAUGAACACUGAUGUGCUUAACAUUCAGCAUUAUUGCAUAAUUAAGUAGUUAACCAACAGUUAUUGCUAACGGUGUCUUCAUAUUCGAAGAAUUAAUGAUCAGCUGACGGUUGAAAAUAGAAUUGAGGAUCUUUUAGUCCAUGCUUUACCAGAAUUUUAAUGUAAAUAAAAAAAAAUUCAAGUGCGGCGUGAAUUAUUAUUCCAUAUCUAUGUCUUUUAAGUUAUACUAGUGUAUAAGCAAAUAAUUGUAAUCAUGGAAACUCAUACACGCACAGAUACUACAUAUAUAAAUACACACACACACACACAUAUAUAUAUAUAUAUAU